AUGGGAAAGAUCACCUUCUUCGAGGACCGGGCCUUCCAGGGUCGCCGCUACGAGUGCACCAGCGACCAGCCCAACCUGCAGCCCCACCUGAGCCGCUGCAACUCCGUCCGCGUGGAUAGCGGCUGCUGGAUGCUCUAUGAGCGCGCCCACUACCAGGGCCUCCAGUACCUGGUGCGGCGCGGCGACUACCCCGACUACCAGCACUGGAUGGGCCAAGGCGACUCCAUCCGCUCCUGCCGCCUCAUCCCCCCACAAGCGGGCCCUUACAGGAUGAGGAUCUACGAGAGAGAUGACUUCAGAGGACAAAUGUCAGAAAUCACAGAUGACUGUCUGUCUCUUCAGGACGAUUUCCACCUCAGUGAAAUCCACUCCCUCAGUGUGCUGGAGGGCUGGUGGGUCCUCUAUGAGAUGCCCGGCUACAGGGGAAGGCAGUAUCUGCUGAGGCCGGGGGAGUACAGGCGCUACCACGACUGGGGGGCUGUGAACGCCAAAGCUGGUUCUUUGAGACGGGUCAUGGAUUUUUACUGAAGUAUUUACAUUCUUCACUUUUCUCCUUUAGAAUCUAAUAAAAUAUUUAGCUUGUCUUUCUGGCA